AGUUCAUCUUCCUCAUUUCUGCGACCAUGGAUGGAGACCAGCCAUCUUCUGCUCGCAGGAAGGUAAAGUUCGCUCCGAGAUCUCCCCCUACCAGGAAGCCUAAACCAAAGACGCCGAAAUCUGAAGCUGGAGAAGAAAAUGAUGGAGAAAGUGCUCAAGCUCGAGCUCUAUUGCGUCACAUGAGCGAGAGCAUCACAAGACGAAGUCCUAAAGUUGAAACAAAAGCCAAUGUGCAAGUUGCAUUUGGUCCUGGUGCUAGUUCAUCGCCAUCCCUACGAACAUAUGGUAACAGUAAGGGCAAGAAUAGAGGUCAAAGCAGCAGUAGCUCAUCAUCCAGAGUUUCUGGUAAUGGGGAAGAUGUUUUAACAUUGCCUUCAACUGCUGUGGAGAAUCAAAAUGAUGUUUAUAUGAUAGAUGCUACUAAUGCUGUCACCGAUGCAUCAGCUAGGAAAACAAAUAAAGAAUACCGGGAACCAUGGGAUUAUCAAUCUUAUUAUCCUACCACGCUGCCCUUGAGGAAGCCUAAUUCUGGGAACCCAGAAAUUCUUGAUGAGCAAGAAUUUGGGGAAGCUGCUACUAGUGUAGAAUAUGAUGAAGAAGCUGUUAAUAAUGCCGCAGAACUUGGUCUCUUGGAUGACAGGGACGGAAAAAAGAUGCUUUUGUUUCAGCUCCCUGCUCUGCCAUUGGUUAAGCAGCCGGCCAGCGUGAAAGGGAAGGAGAAAUUAGGUACAUCAGAAGCUUCCAUAAAGGGCUGCAAUCUGGAAGAUUUGUCAGGGGGCUACAUGGGCAAAAUGCUAGUAUACAAGAGUGGAGCAGUUAAAUUAAAGCUUGGAGAGAACUUAUUUGAUGUGUCUGUUGGUUCAGAUUGUUUGUUUGCUCAAGAUGUGGUGGCCAUGGAAAUUGCAGGAAGAAACUGCUGUGUUCUUGGGGAACUUAACAAAAGGGCUGUUGUAACUCCUGAUGACUUUGAUUGAGCAAGUAGAAUCAAAUAUUGACCUGUUUGAACAAGGAGAAUCAUAAUCUGUAGUUAGUGUGUGCCUAUGUGGAUACUGGAUAGGGUAUAUUUUAGAUGGGUAAAUAUGUGCCUAGAAAUGCUAAUUCUGUUGAUUCAGUUGCAAGUUGAACUGCUGUAGCUUCUUCCAAUUAUUGACUUUGUUUUUAUUAUUUGCAACCAUGCGAUGAGGAAUCUAAUUCCCAUUUUCAGUAUUGCUUUUAUGGGAGAUUUCAUAUGUGAAUCAUGUUUCAUUUGUAAUGUUCA